UAUCACUCCGGUCGAGCCGGCCCAUUCGUGCGGAAGCAUGGCUCUCCCACACUUAAAAUUAGCCAGCUAGAAGCACUGAAGAUCAUCGAGAGGCGUGCUGCUGGCGUGCUCUCAGGUUCAUUAAUGAUGAUGCUUUAAUGGUGCUUCAAAGCCUCGAAACAGGCAAAAUCAGAAGGCCAAAAAAACAAGGCUUUCGAUUUUUUAUCAUCUAAUUCCCCAAAAGAACUAUCCUCACCAUCACACCACCAUACAACUGUUUACGGCAGAUAUCCCAUCCCACCUACACGGACAACUUUCGUUUUGCCUGAAGUUUUUUAGAGGAGGAACGUUGUUUCCCACUGCUGAUCUGAUCUGAUUUGAUCUGCCCACCUGCUUUUUAGCCAGCAUGACUACUUUGCGAAAGGAGGAGACGGGUUCCCAGUUUCACUAGCUCAGCACCCUAUUCUGAACCAAAGCCGGACGCGAGAGGUCACCGUCACCAUUGGCUUUCUCAAGGACACAGCGGUGGUGCUCAGCCAUGCAGCGCACAACGCCACCGUAUGACCUGUGUCCUUUGGGUGGUCCUCACAGUGAUAACACCCUCUCACUGAAUACGAAACACUAUCACCUCAAUCUUUUGAGCUUUGAAUUGUUUGGGCUUUGAUUCUGGUGAGAUAAUCCUAACUCCAUAUAAUCCACUUGUGCUGGUGCGGUGACGACAAGCGAUGAAUUAGGUACCAGCUCAUUAAAAGUAUAACUUUACUUUCAGGGCCUUUAAACGAGUCAUUGCGAUGACGAAGCCGCAGCACAUCAGUAUAAUUGAAUUCGAGACUCUUGAACGCCUUCUUUCAAAAACUCGUGCGUUUAGGCGUACGUACGGCACAUUGAAUUCCGUGCGCGCCUCAAAGAGUCAUCAGACCAUCACGGCUAGGGCCCAAUAAGGCUGAUGCCGAUACAUAGCCGCGGAGGACUUAAUGGGUUGCCGGGGUUCCGGCUUAAAGCGCAGGACUACUCCUGCGCUUCAAGCCGGAACCCCGUUCCUACGAACGGGGUGAUUUUUAGUCAGAAAGAGACCUGACACUCUCCUGCCUCACUGAGGCCAUUCGAUGAUUAUACCCCUUAAAAAAUCAUUUUGUUUUUAAAAAUAUGCAAUGCAGUAAGUGCUACUCGUACGUAUAGACAUUAAAAUAGUAUAUAAGUGCUUGCGAAACAGUUUCUAUAAAACAUUUAGGAUUUUGGUUUGUCAGUACAGUAGGCACCGCAGGCGCCGUCUCCGUCCUCUGAACGCGGAGGCGGGAGAAGCGGAGUUAUACGAGGGAUACAGGACGGACGGCAAAGGCCGCCCUCAAGGCGGAAAUAAAGUGGGCCAAGGAGGAGAGAAUGACUUUUCCCGCCUCACCCAAGCGGGAGAAGAUAUUCGAUGAUUUUCCCCCCUUAAGAAAAAUUUGCUUUGUCUCGAUCUACGACUCAAAAACCCCAUUUAUUUUGCCUUAUGUACCGAUUUAAAUAAAUCGGACCUGGCAACACUAGUCAGGGUCUUCAACUUCAAUCAAAUAAAUAAUAUCAACUCUGCGGCAAACAGAAGCGCGGUACGUAGGUUAUCGGUCAUUGCUGUUCGCACAGCUAGUACCUAAGAAUCGGAACAAUAAUAUUUGCCUACUUACUUUCCAUAACUUUUUAUACGUUCUAUGUUAAUUAAAUUGGACCCGAAAUACCAACAUAUUGUAACUCUUUAUCAUAGUUUAUACAAAGUAAGAAUUGGAAGAACAAAGUGACAAUUGAUUAAUUCAGGAAAACGUACUGUGGUUUUAUCUACUUUAUUCAUAAGAGACAAGAAGAUUGUUAGGUAAAGGUUCUCAUCAAGACUUCUCAGUUUGAAUAACAUGGCGGUAGCUACUUAUGUAUUUGUUGAUUUACAAUCAAACUGUGUUCCAAAAUCAAACAAAGAAAUAGAAAUCACUGAAUUGUGUAUGUUAGCUAUAAAACAUUCACACAUAGUAAAGAACAAGGAUGUAAAUGAUCCCCGUAUUCAACAUAAACUCCAAAUGUGCUUCAAUCCCAAAUCUUCAUUGCAUGAAAAUGCUUCAGAAACCGGAUUGACAAAAAAUCUACUGAAGAAUGAAGCAACAUUAAAUAUGGAAGUAUGCCAACUGAUAAAAGCAUUUAUUGAGGGUCUGGAAGCCCCAGUGUGUCUUGUAGCACAUGAUGGCUUUAAGUUCCACUACCCAUUACUUGUGCACCAUUUAAAGGAAUUUGGUGUUGAGUUAAAUAAAAACAUUGUGUGCACUGACAGUCUGUAUGCUUUUCUUGAAAUAUUGGAAUCAGAAAAAAAAGGCAGUACAAAGUAUGUAAAAGUGAAGGUUGGUAAAAAACCUAAGAAAAAUACCAUUUCAAAAGCUAAACAACAUUACAUUCACAUUGUGAACGGGACUGAUAAGGACUUGAUACAUAUGAGAAAAAGCAUAAAUAAUUAUAAAAACAUAAAUGAUCUUUACAAUAAUAAUUGCGAAUAUGAAGACGAAGGCUUGGAGUCUAACAGAGCUGAGAGCCAUUGCAUCAUGCUUAUGAGAAUGGUGCUUUCAAAAAAGGACCAGUUUUUGGCAUGGCUUGAAAACAAUUUAUGUCUUUUUUCGGAGAUGCCGAAUAAAUUGUAAUGUAUGACAAUGUAUAUUGUAUUUGUAUGCAUUUUAUUGACAAUCUUAUGUCUCUAAAAUAUUUAGACAGAAUAAAACAUUUUUGUUUACAUAAGAGCUUAAAAGCUCCCAUAUUUUGAAUGUUUUUUUAUAAGUUUUGCUGCUGGGCCGACGUUCAGCACUAUGACGUUGUCAAUUUAUAUGUAGUUGAGUAAGUACAAGAUAAUUUCUAGUUUAAAUUUUAUGUAAUUGUUAUUCUAAUUCACAUUAUUAUUGUUAUGUAACUUUAGUUGCUUUCUUUGUCUAAAUAAUUUGUGAUUAUAUUUAGUCACUUUUUGCACUAAGUGCCUAUUGCCUAGCACUUGCUUGGCUGAAAUGUGGAACUGUUUUGUACCACCAAUAAUAUUAUCGUUUAUACUUAGUACUAAGUACAUGGUUUCUGAAAUUCAAAUUAUUAUAACUGUUAUAAAUCCAAUGUGAUUAUUA